GAUACGACGACUGCGACUCAUACUCAUAUACCAUAUCCCAUAUGAUAAAAACACUGCACGUGAACAUAAAAAUUACAAUUACUUUGAGUAAUUGGUUUAAUUCUAAUUCCAAAAACUAAUUAACAUUACAAACGCUAGGCACUUCAUACAUAAACAGUUUAUUUUAUUUUAUUUGAGUGUCCAUGGGUAAAUCUACUUCAGUUUAGCGGUUUAGCUUAAACAAACAACUAUAUAAUGUUGUGGUUGUAUUGUAUUCUCAUUUCAUUUACGUUAUUGGCGUGCGUCUGUGCGUGACAGUGACUGUUAGUUAGCAAUCAACAUUCAUCUGUGAGUGUGAGAGAUGGAAGGAAACGGCAUCGGCAGCACGUCCCUGGAGGCUCCGCGAGUCAAGGAGGAGCCCGAAUAUGUCCUAGACGUGAGCAUAAAGGUAGAACCAGAAGUAGACGAGGAGCCGCAGCCAUUAAAACCAGAGCCUGCGUGUGUACAGCCGGAGCUGAAGGGUGCGAAGCAGGAUACGUUGUGCAAGGAUGGAGACCUGUAUGCGGACCAUGAGGUUAAACACAACCUGGUGCUGGGGCCCGAGGUGCUGCAGCGGUUGUGUGCUGACAAGCGCCCCGAAACACCACCCUCCGGGACCGGGACCGGGACCGGGACCGGGACCGGGACCGGGACCGGCACCGCGAGCGCGAGCGCUGACGAACACACUAAACCGCAGCGGGGUCCGCGGGGAACCAACACCGACUUGCAACAUUCCGAGUCCGAGGCAAUAGAGACGUACAUGUGCGACCCCUGUGGCCUAUUAUUUAGGAAAAAACAUUCUUUAAUUCGCCACAUCAAAGCACACCUGCGAGCAAAUCCUAAAAUGUUACCAAGUCACUCCAGCAAAAAGGUAUUCUUUUGUGAAAUAUGUCACAAACAGUUCUUUCAAUCGGGCCACUUCAACCGCCACAUACGAACACACACGGGCACCAAACCGCACGUUUGUAACAUUUGUAAAAAAGAGUUUGUAAGAAUGGAGUGUUUAGAAAUACACAAACGAAUCCACACUGGACAGAAACCAUUCUCAUGCAAGUACUGUGAGAAGAAGUUCACGCAGUCUCAUAACUUAACGAGACAUAUCAGAAUACACACCGGCGAGAAGCCGUACGUCUGCGAUAUAUGCUCGAAGAGGUGUUCGCAAUCAGGUGACUUGAAGACUCAUAAACAGAUUCACGAGAUUGAUGAGAAGUAUUCGUGCGAUUUGUGUAACAAGAGGUUUAAGUGGAAAUCUACUUUGAACAAACAUAAACGGAACCACAUUAGGAAUAACACUCGGGACAAAUCGGAAAAGGCUUAACUUGUUUCUUACUGGGCACGUGAAACAUGAAGACAGGACUGCUCUCGUACGUGGCGACCCCUUCUAUGUCGCAAACGUUCGAGGUCGACGAUGUAAUCGUCAAUCAGUAAUUUAUUGCUUUCAUAGGUACAAUAAGGUCUUACAUUAGAAUGGAAAACAGCUAUGAACCCUAGCUGUAAGGGCACUGCAACUGUUAGAAUGCCAUUCCAUUAUUCUUGGUUUUUAUUAGUAAUAGUGAGCUUUUUUGAAUUUUUGUAAGUUGCCUCGAACUUCAAACAAACGUCAUAUAUAAUUCUGUAAGAAUGCUCAUCAUAUAACGGUAAAUAUAUAAAAAAACAACAUCAAACGUAAUUUACAUAUUUUUGAAUUAAUGGUUAAAAUAUUUUUAAUAAUUAUGACUGUUUUAUUUACCUUCUUAUUUAUAAUAUUUUAUUUUAUGAUCAAAUUAAAAUCAGGUAAUCAAAGAUUUUAGUAGGUGUCAAGAGGGGUUACUGAAAAGGCUCCGUCACAUUGCCGCAGAAGCGUUCCGGAGCGGUGAUGUCACAUUGACCGCGGUGGGCGGAUUGAAAGCGUUUUGACCGCGGACCCGCGUUGUAAGUUACCUACGGCUACGGCUACGGCUACGGCUACGGCUACGGCUACAGCUACGGCUACGGGUAGGCGGGCGGGGCGCACGCAGGCUGCACAACCGCUCCGCUUCCGAUCCGCGCCAACGUGACGGGACUGACGGGCGAGUGACCGCGACCGCGCCGCUUCCGCCCCGCGACCACUCCGCGUAACGUAACUCAUAAAGCCCGGUUCACAUUUGUCUGACGUGACGUGCCGUGUUGUGUUGUGACGCAUAUCGGUUUCAUACCUUUAAUAUGGUUGCGUUCACAUUUGUCUGAUGCACGCUGCGUGAACAAAUGUGAACUGGGCUGCAUUCCCAGUUGCGCGGUACCACGCGCCAUCUGCGUCGGUUCCGCUACCACGUCAAUGUGACAUGUGACGGAGCCUUAUGUCCUUAUUUUUAUGAAAUACUUAAGUAACCAAAUAGAACGUUUUUAACUGACAUUGUAAUCGUGAAUAUUUGAUAUUAUAUUAUAUUGUAAUAUU